CUCUGCGUUGGGACCGCUUCCUCCUCCUCUACGUCGGGGCCCGCCGCCGUGGCCUCUACACGGGGUCCUCCCCACCACAUACACUUCCAAAUCAUGAAUUGUGGGAUAGCUAAUCUUGUCUGCUUAUUAGUAUGGAUAUAUAGAUAUAAUUCAGUCAAUGAUCAACAUAGAUGGCCAACCUUUUCAAUUAAAAAUAAAUUCUAUUAUUAAGUUUUUCCUUUCUGUCAGAAACAAUCUAUGGAAGUAAUAUAAAGUAAUAGUAGGCCAUAUGAAUUAAAUUUACAAAAAAUGGAUUCUCAGAUAUGUUUCAUUAAUUAUUUUGUUCCUAUUUUUAUAGGUAAUUCUGGAACACUCCAGACAUCCAGCCCAACGUUAAUUCGGAGGAAAAAGAGCUCCUUUGGAUAUCACCCUGAAGACUACUUUGCAAUUUGUUUCAUCAUAUUCUGUAAAAGAGUGUUCCAAAGGAGUCUGCUGAACAUGUUAAAGCUCCUGCCGCAGAACCGGAAAUUCACAGGGAGUCAAUAAACUCAGCUUCAGGUUUUCGUCAUAUUAAUCAUGUCGCUUAGCAAGGUUGAAGUGAACUUGAUAAGGUUGCUUCAAGCGGCUCCUCGGCAGCAGAACCAGGCUAAGCUUGUCCAUUAUGUAACCACAGCCAGGGAAUUGUUGGAGCAGCUAGGAACAGAAGCUACUCCAGAAGGGAUAUCAAGUGUAUCAAAAGCUAAAUUAAGUGAGUAUUCAGAAAAGAUCGAAGCAUUAGCUGCACGGCUUGCUGCUCCAGAGCCGGAAAAUGAAAUGCCAAUUGAUGAGAAUAGAGAGGAAGAGAGCUCUUAUGAAGGAGAAAAGCCAGGAAAUCCAGUAUCAUUAUCAUCAGGAUUGCGUAGGAGACCAAUAGCUCACAUGGAUGUUGGACCUAGCAGUCAUGAGAGAAAAGAUAGAGACAUUAGGGCACCCAUUAAGUUGGAUGCGGAAGCACAGGCUCACAUUGAGAAGCAUAGGAAGCUGCAAGAGGAUCUGACUGACGAAAUGGUUGAGUUAGCACGCCAACUGAAAGAAAGCAGUCUCACGAUGCACCAAUCUGUCCAACAAACGGAGAAGAUCCUUGGUUCCACGGAGAGAGCCGUCGAGCAUAGCUUGGCAAGCACGGGGCGUGCAACCACGAGAGCCGCAGAGGUGUACUCGCUGGCUUCCAAGACAACAUGCUUCCAGUGGCUGCUCAUCUUGCUGAUGACCUGCAUGUUUAUCAUGGUGGUUCUGCUCAUCCGGGUCACCUGAGUUUGACUGCCUCCACUGAAAAUAUUGUGACCAGUUCUGUUCAUUCGAGAUGGAAUUUUGUAUUCAAUUAUGACAAAGAAAAAUGUUUGUUAUAUGAGUUAAGCUCUGCUCUGUUGGUGCCAUGAAAUCUCUCCAAUUCUCACAUAUGAGUAUUACAGUAUAUGAAGAUUAGCAAAUUGGAUUAUGCACUAUUGGACUGUACUCUUUUGGCCAUUUGCCGUUGGGAUGUUGUGAAGACUGAAGAUUAAUGCAGCGCCGUCCUC